AUGAAAGGAACCAGCCAUCGAGCACGCAUUCCUAGUACACUCAAUUGGCAAUUCAAAAUUACUCCUGCACGUUCAUUAUACACGCUCAAUGUCUCAUCAGGUACAUUUACUGAAAUACUCGAAAAUGACGAAAUACGAAUCGAACGACGCUUAUUUGCCUCUCAAGAAUAUACAGAACUCUUACUUGCUCAUGUCAAACUCAUCCGAUUGACACCGAAAGGAAAGAUGCUCGUUGUGCCAGUUGAAGUGAUCGGACAAAUGGAAAGUGUUGAUAUCGAUUUUACAGUUUUGGCUCGUAAUAAUCAGCAUGUAGUUCUCUCGGGAAAAACUCGUCAAGUGGAGAACAUUCAAUAUCAACAAGAACCAUUGUCUGUCUUCAUUUAUUACACACCAUUGCCUUAUGAAGGUUUCGAACUCGAUCCACAAGAAACAGAUCGAACCUAUCUCUUUGUCACAUCCAUUGAUGAGCAUCAAGCGAGAGCUAGACAAAGUUUCGACUAUGCAUCCAAUGAACGAAAACCGGACGAGCUUUGGUCAUCGCAUGUCAUGCUUUGGAAUAAUGUCUGGUCGAAUGCUCACGUGGAAGUUCAAGGCGAUGAUGAAUUGCAGCGUCAAAUCAAUUCUGCUUUCUAUUACAUUCUCAGUUCGCUUCCACCACUAUCCACUCGAAGUGAACACAAACAGUUCUAUGGUCUCAGUCCUGGUAGUCUCUCACGGGGUGGGUUUGAUGGGCCUGAUGACGAGGAUUAUGUUGGUCAUUCAUUUUGGGAUACAGAAAUCUGGAUGUACCCACCUGUUCUUCUCUUCUAUCCCACAUUGGCCAAAGAGAUACUCUCGUACCGUAUCGCUAUGCGUGAAUCAGCUGCUGAUAAUGCUCGUCUGUUUGGUUACGAAGGAUGGAGGUUUCCGUGGGAGAGUGCUCGAACAGGUGUGGAUGUGACACCGGAUAUUUGUCCACAAGUUCGUCUGUAUCAAAUGCAUAUCACUGGAGACAUCGCGUUUGCUGCCAGACAGUAUGUAGCAGCCACAGGUGAUCAAAAGUGGCUGUCAUCCGAACUGGGUGGAGGCUUGAUCUACGAAACAGCUCGAUUUUGGAGUUCGAGGGCUGUGUACAAUGAUGAGAAGCAGCAAUACGAAAUACUAACUGUAAUGCCACCAGAUGAAGAUGCAGAACCGUACAAGAACAAUUCGGUGUUUACCAAUGCAGUUGCAUCACUUUCCAUUGAUUUAGCUGAUCGUGUCAGUUGUAUCACUAAGAAAACUGUGCCUAAAGCAUGGGUUGAUAUUGCUUCCAAUCUCUAUUUUCCAUUUGAUGAAACUAGCCAAACUCAUCUAGAAUAUGAAGGUUUCGAUUUCAAAAAUACAACUAUCAAACAAGCCGAUGUGGUUCUCCUCGGAUUUCCUCUUCAAUGGCCAAUGAGUGCAGAAGUUCGACAAAAUGAUCUUUUGGCUUAUGAACGGCUUACUCGUGCAAGUGGACCAGCAAUGACAUGGUCGAUGCAUGCGAUUGGUUUUCUUGAAUUGGGCAAUUUCGAAAAAGCUGAAGAACUAUUUCGACGUUCCUAUCAAACCUAUGUUCGACCACCAUUUAAUGUUCGUCCAUUAUCUUUAUUUAUUCUUCUCUCCAAUCGAUUGAAUUGUAUAUUUGUAGGUAUGGACUGA